CUCUUGUUUCAUUUCUUUUUUAGACACGUCAGAUUAUCCCCUCACCAGAGCUCUUUAUUUAAUUGACAUCAAUUCAAUCUCCAAGAAAGAGCAGAGACAAAAAGCGCGCCAAAAAAAAAGAGCGAAAAACAAAACCCAUUGGUCACUAGUGCGAUCAAUCCGAAAACCUAGGCGCAUGCAGCUACCUUAACCGCCAGCCUCCAUGGUCGUUAGCUCGUCAUCCCUAGAGGGAUAAUAAGGCUACACUAGAGUGCUCCAUGGCAUUCACGCCUUCGGCGUCAGCCUUUUCGCUUCCACUGCCGUCAUGGCGACAGCCCGUUAGUCUGCGCGUAGCGCAGUUCGAAUCGAAGAAACGUAAGAAAGACCUGGAUGAUUGGGGCGAUACCGACAACGACACCGAAGGCGAAACAACGGAUGCUGCGUCAGAGACGGCAGCUACCGGCCCCUCGCUGACAUUGUCGCCGGAGGAAGCUCAUCAGUACCGCGUUGCCGGUCUUCCUUUCGAUCAAGAGCUACCUGGCGGGAAUUUUCCACACGGCCCCGCCAAAGAUGAGAACAUACCACUGCAAACCCAGGGCAGAACCCUGAAAGAGCUGUCCUCUUUGUCAUCUCCCAUCUAUCCCCCGCAGUCUGCUGCUCAUCAAGGUAAUCUUCGACUCCAACAUUUCGGCGUUCUCUCAUCCAUCUUGCAUCGUUGCCUUCUCCAAAGAGACUAUGUUCGUGCCGGAAGAGCAUGGGGGUUGCUUCUUCGCGAGGAGUAUAAUGGCACCCCACUUGAUGUACGAACUGAAGGAAGAUGGGGCAUCGGGGCCGAGAUAUUGCUCCGACGCGGUCAUCAAACAUCCGAAAACGUACCUCAAGGCGACGAUGGAACUGCCCAAGCGACGGAGUCAUCUAAGAUGCUCUUUACUCGAAAGGGGUUCGAAGAUGCCAAGCAAUAUUACGAGACACUAAUCAUCCAACAUCCAUUUCGCAAGGUGGAUCCAGAUGCUAUAAGCCCAUUGCACUUUUAUCCGGCCAUGUUCGGGCUCUGGAUUUAUGUCACCCAGGAAGAGAGCCAAACUGCUUGCCAAAAGAUCCUGGAGCAUCAGGAGAACUCAUCGGAGGGUUGGGAAGAUGACGAUGCAGCAUCUGAUUUGGAAGGCCACGGCGGCUCGAGGAAUAAAACGCGGGCUCUCAUUGCAGAAGCCAGAAAGAGCGAACUCGAGGAAGCGCAAAGGAUUGCGGCAAGGAUGGACGAAGUUCUGAUGUCUCCUCCAUACUCUGAUUCUUCUGACCUAUUGGAGCUCAGGGGCAUGGUUUCGCUCUGGAUCGGGGACUUGUUCGUGUCUUCCUUGCCUUAUCCUGAGAACGAUGAGUAUGAUGAUGAACGGACGACGCCGACAGACGACCUUCAUGACUCGAUCCAGAUCAGACGAGAGCAGAGACUAGCGGCCGACAAGAGGGAAAAUGAGAUAGAACGGUCGGAGGAGCUUUUUGAGAAAUCGAGAAGGCGUGGCAAGGGAAUGGCUUCUACUCUGGAGGACCUCGCGUGCCUUAAAAACUAUGUACAUUCCAAGGAAGCGACCCAGCUUCGACAACCUAUCAAUGAUGCUGCGCCCAACCAUCAAUUGCGGCAAGACUUGGCUGACCAGGCAAGAGUUGAUGUUCCAUCGACGAAUUUUAUGCCGUCAUUGCCGCCACACGCCAAUAGGCAGCCCGAGUACCAAGGACCAGCACAUGCGCCGGCCGAAAAUGCUGCGCAAAGAGACAUGUUCGACACCGAUGUCGAAGGCAUCGAUGACUCUACCGUCGCUGCAACUAGUGUCAUGGGCGGUGAUGAUGUCCCGUACCAAUUCCCGCUCGCUACGAAUACCCAGCACUACAGACCAGAUGGGAACAUGCAUGCAAAAUCUCUGCAUCACUUCCGCCAGACUCGUCGCCCUUACGACCCCAAGUGGUAUGAAAACCUCGGGGACAGAGCCCUGAAAACGGCAGGCUUUGAUUCGGACGACAUCGAUAAUGAGAGCCAGUUAACCUCGGUGGUGGGUGACGAUGAAGAUUCCGAUGAUACGAAGUCCAACCACUCCCAAAAACGCCGAGGCGUUGAAGCACCAUUGAGCAAGCGCCUGCAGAAUUUCUGGAGCGCAAGCCGAAAGCCGUACCCAAAGAGCACGAGCCCAGCACAGGAGGAGCCUAUGAAAACUGCGUCUUACGGCCAGUCCAUCUCUGAGACCAGAGCUCCGAACCAGGCGUUACCCAUCAGCGCGCCCAGAAAAAUUACACUCCCUCAUAACAUGAGCACGACCCCAAGGACAAGAUUUAGCCCGCCGAAGCCAUCCCUUCUCGACAAGCUGGAAUCGACCCCCACUCGACGUGCGUCUGGCCCCCGACCGCAACCGACCAGGAAGACAGGCGUGUCGAUUGUCAGUCCGGAGCCUCCUGGAGACGACGAGGGCCUAUUUGACCUGGAUUAUGGAAGGCCUGGUAGCGUACAGUCUUUUAAUCGGUUUGAUAUGACAAAUCUCGAUGCCCUCGAUGACGAAGAUCCGAUCAAUGACCCCUUUGCGAGACGCAAUUCUGUCCGAAGAAUUAGUCCAGAACCAAUCCAGCCAAAGAAACGACACCUUGAUCUUGACUAUCCACCAGAGGUUCUGCGGCAGAAGUCCUUCUCUGAACUUCAAGCCGAACCCUUCGACCACAUCCCAUCCACUACUCCACCACCCACCGCCCCGCCAACGCAAGUCCCGCCUGAAGAUAAAAUCUCAUACUUAAUGGAGAGUCCCGAUGCAGAACGCCGUGAUUAUUUUUCUAACCUGGACAUGGACGAAUGGGAGGACUGUGGCGACCAAUUAAUAGAGGAAUUCAGCAAGAUGCUCAACCAGAUGAAGGAUCUCCGUCGCGCACGGCGCAAAACCGCCGCCAACUACGAGGCUGAGAUCAAAAGGAGGCAUGACACCGUCGAAGAACAGUCCUCCGAUCUCGAUAAGAAAUUAGAAGGGAUGAGAACAGGCGGAACGGAGGUGCUGCGCGGCCGUACUCCAUGAAUUAUUGUGCAAGCGUACCACGUCUGCCCAGCUUGUCCUUGCUGCGAUGCGAUGCCUUUCAAUCCUGGUGAUUUGCGAGGUGUCGUGCUCGUCGGCUUGUCUACUACAUCUAUGAUGUCGUGUUUUAUGUCUUCCACGGGGUUAAGAUUCGGGCUAUGUCAGAACGUUUAUGUGUGAUGAUUUCGAGUUUGCGUGCAUCCUGUACCUCACGAGCUACCUACAAAGACGAGUUGUCUUU